GAUGCGUGCGACGCGUUCUGCCGGGCAAGGACACUUAGUGCUGGAAUGACAUUUGUGUAAGUGAGCUCACGUUAAAUGCUCAACUGUUAGCUUGUUUCUCGCCUGGGAGUACAGUACCACCCCUGUCCGGGAGAACCAUUGCAUCUAGACAGACUGCGGCGGGCUUUUGGAUCGAUAAGAACAGCGUGUUGGGGAGGACACUCUGAAGACUCUUCCCUCUCCUCUCACGUUGGCAGAGCGGAAGGCCCGCUGUUGUCACAAGGGGUCCCCACUUUGUGUCUUUGCGGUAUCCUUCGUGCGGUGAGGGAUGGUCAGCUGGUAACUGGGGUUGCCCCUGUGGUGAAUGGCUGUGAGCAGAGGGGGCGUCGCCUUCUGGGUGGGUUGUAUCCGCAGCCAUGGCCGAAGGCAAACCAUCGGAAAGCAGAGCUGGAGUCUCAGCCAGACCUGUCCCCUGAGCAGUGCAUCAUGGGCCCUUGUGCCCCCCAACAGCCUGAGAUACCAGAGCAUCAAGCAGUCGGUCCUGUCCCAUCCGUUCCACCAUGCCAGCAAGCCUCAGACAGGAGGUCACUACGAGGAAGACUGUGAGUCUCUCAGCGUGUGUGUGCUGGUGCGACAGGGCGAGUCCCACGGCCUGUACACGCUGCUGGAGAUCCCUCUGCUGGCUCACCGUAAACCUGGGCCUCCCCCGGCCUCAGAGUUCUCCUUCCUGUUGACCACGGUGGAUGGCAGCAGACAGGAUGACAUCACCAUUGACAGCUUGAAGAGAGAACAUGGCUGUUUCAGAAGCCUGUUUGAAGCGGAGAAAUGCCCAGCACCGUUUAUGUAUGGCUCCCAGUUUUAUUGUUUCCAUUGCCCGGCCUCACAGACGGUAGCUGGCAGCCGGCUGCAAUCCCUCCAGAAUAUUGAACUUUACAACAAGCCUGCGGAGCUGCCUCGGGUGCCAUCCACCUCUCUGUGUAGCCAUGCAGAGAGGCCAGAGGGUGACCAUUCUGUGGGAGACAGUGAGGAAGAGCAGAAACUGGCCCUGAUGUAUGAAAGACUCAGGGUGGAGCUUCCAAAUUUCUUAAUGCAGAACCAUGACUACAGCAUGUACUCCAAAGAUGUGGAAUUCAUCAACGGGCUCAUCAAUACAAAGACAAGAGGCCGGGCGCUGUACCAGCUCACCUUGUCCCUGUGGCGCCUCCUGUGCCUCUGUUACUACGCCAAGGCUCACCUGGAGGUACUGAAGCUCACGAAGCACAUGGAGGACGGGAGCAUUAAGGCUCGCUGGAGGAUCAGGGGCCUUCCCUUCGCCUCUCUGCUGCUACGCUUCUAUCGCAAAGACAAGUCCCUCCUGUACAGGUCAUAUGAUGCAUUCUCUACUUUUUACAUUGGACCGGAUGGACUCAUUCACUGUCAUAAAGUUGAAAAGGUGAUGCCGGAUCAGCCCCCUGUCCUCCCCACAGUGACCUCUCUCCUGGCGGGGGCUCUAGUGGCACUUGGGGUGCAGGAGUCUCGGCCUGCUCUCAACCUGCUGCCCCUCCUCCUGUCCUCCCUGAGACAGAGCAGAAACUGACCCCGUCUCACCUGUAGAGAGACGCUGGCCAGUGUGUCUGGGGUCCAUGUGACUCCCAAAGGAGCAAAUAAAAUAAACGUGGUCAACAUAAAGACAGCUCUGGGUUUUCAGAUCCCGGAGCUACAUGUGAUCUAUGACAGAUAGGGUGAAUGAACCAUGCAUCCAAACAGUAAAGACUGGGGAUUUUGCUUUGCAUUUGAUGUUUGUGAGUGAAUUCACUGCGUUGACUCAUUCAUAAUGUAACUAUCAGAGCCCACUAGUGCAUCGGAGUAACUGUGGCAACUGUCACACACCUUUUCUGCUCACCUCCGCUUAUUAGAAUUGCGUAAGUUAGCAUAGCUGCAGAAAUAUUGACAGUAACAUCACUCCAUAUCCUCAUCAUUUAAUUAACUGAUUCUGUUAAAUAAACUAGUAUCCAGGAAGGGUUGAUUGUCAUGAUCCAUUUGGAAUGAGUCUGCUACUAUAAACGUUUAAAGUAAUUCUACGUUGAGACUUGUAUGUGUUCUGUUGGAAUGAGCAUCCCUCCUCUAGCUAGUGUCUGUUAAUCAGGGUACAGACCACUGAAUGGGCGGGUAAGGCUUGGUUCUAGUUAGCAUGCUAAUUUAGUUAGCUAAGACACAUUGAAUCUAAUAAUGAUACUACACGCAUCCACAAUAACAAAAUGCUUUGGUUUUGCUAUAAGCCCAAAACCGUGCACAGCGGAGGAGCGGAUUGGAACCCAGCUACCAGGUUCAUUGUGUGUCUGUUGGACCAUGUGAUGAGCUGCACGUUUGUUUGACCCAGAACAGCUCCCUUCAAACCAAUAAAUACUCAAACCCGCCCUGCAUUCAACCAAAGCCCGUUUCAUGUGCUCAAUACUAGUAAAACCUGCAGCGCUUCCUCUUCCAAAACCUUUUCUUGUUGCCAACAGAUUUUGUUCAUGAAUAAAUAAUCUGCUUGUGUAUAAAGAUAUUAAUCCUUCACUUUCAGAAGUCUAAUUAGCCCAUAACAAAAUGUUUGCCUUGAUCUCGCUACGUUGAGUAAUAUCAAUAAAGCUGUAUUUGCUCUGCC